AUGGUAGAGCGAAAAGCAUCCAAAAGGCUGGAACAACGCCGGGGAAAUGGCCGGAACAACAUUUGGGAAAUGGGUCAGAACAAAGCCGAGAAAUGGGCCGGAGCAACUCUGGGAGGCAUCCAAGAGACAACAGGUCUUACUAUGUUGAAGUACUACAUUGAGAAUCGUAAUGCAGAGUGUGUGGUUAUUGAGGAUGAAGACAUUGCGGAUGAAUUGAGCUACUGGGCGAACUCGGUGAUCAGGCUUCCUUCGGAGGAAGAUCUGAUCUCGGUUAUGUCUAGAUUUCAUACCUUCCAAGGAAGGGCAGUGAUCGUGAAGAAGUGGCACAAGUGCUUCCAAUUGGAGCGGGAUAUUCUUGAAACUGUGCCAAUUUGGAUGAAGGUGUAUGAUCUCCCAGUCCAUGCUCGAAGUGGUACAUCGAUUUCGAAGAUUAUUUCUAACAUUGCAAAACCUCUUUAUAUGGAUGGGAUUAAUCUGAAUAGGGAGAGGGGCAUGUUUGUUCGGGUUCUUGCAGAGAUGGAGGUUAAAGGAGGGUUUCCAGAAUUUGUUCAUACCAAAUUACAUGGCUGUCAGUGCAGAGCACAAAUCGAGUAUGAGUGGAAACCUCAAUUGUGUAAAUUAUGUCAAAAAAUAGAUCACAAUGAGAAGAUGUGCCCUUUGAAUAUAGAUUUGAAAGGCAAACAGAAAGUCUCAGAGCAAUGGGUGGUGAAACGUAAGGUGGACUCUAUAGCCAUGGAGGAGGAUGGAGGGUCAUCGGAGAUGGAAAAGUCGAUUGAUAAGGUGGAAGAGAGGGGAGAGGACGAAGGUUUUAUCCAAUCCAAAUCCAAGACUCGCAUGAAGAUUAUAGAAGGGAUUCAAUUAAACGUGGUAUCUUAUAAUGCCUUUGAAGUGCUUGAUGUUAGCACUGAGAGAGUUGCAAGGAAGAAGGUGGCUGACAGGAUUCAUGAAGGAUUAGAGACAGAACCUUGCGACAUGGGAAGUGCUGAUACCAAGGUUGAAGAGUCACAAGGAAGUGAAGCUAUUGGUAUGUUGAAGGAGAAAAUUGAUGAUGUGCAGCUGGGAAUUGAAGCAGAUUCCGGGACUGCUUCGAGCACGAGUUUCUCCAAUGGCAGCGGGUCCCAAAAACAGAAGAAAAAGAAUAAGAGAAGGAAGAUGAACCUGAUACUACCUUAA